UGUCUCCCUGCCAUAAAGAUGACAAAAGGUCAAAAUACUAUGAAAAGGAACCCACGGAGGCCCCAGGUACACUAUUCGAACCGGCCGCCAGUAAGACAGCUGCAUACUUCUCCCGGGAGCUCCAACCAAAGGGGGCCACGCGCAAGUCUAGCAGAGACGCCCUUCGUUUGGUCUCAGUUCGAGUCAACACCGAGGCGGUGCCCCACAUAUUUACAAUAUCAUAUAGUGCCGUUGCCAAGCGGAUAUUUAGAAAAAAAACUAAAUACACUACUGCUAGACACCUUUCGAAGUUUUGACCCGUUGAUGGAUGCAAAAUGAACGUGAAUCCGGCGGAAACCUGGCGAAGUUAUGCAACUAUUUGCAGACUGUGCUUGCAGAAAGAUGGGUUCAUGUUGGGCAUAUUCAAUCACAUCCAAGGCAAAGAUAAGAGUAUUUACAAGAAAAUUAUCGAUUGCACUGCACUACAGAUAUCACAUGGAGAUGGUUUGCCCAACGUGAUAUGCCAUCGUUGCUUGUUUAAAAUCGAGUUUUGUUUGGAAUUUAGGCAAUUGUGUUUUAUGUCCGACGCCACUCUUCGGCAAAUCAAUGGAGUUAUUAAUAAGGAAAAUGGAUCUGAACCAAGCAACACCUCACAUUUGCCGUUAUAUGAACAACUAGCAAAUGGUAAUGACGAAGACGUUGUGAUGGUAGUGGACCCAUCAGCCUACGAUUACGAGUCAGAUUAUGAAAGUGACAAAGAGAUACAAAGUGAUAAUGAAAAUGGAGAGACUAAUGACAUAGAACACGAAGGUAGAGGAGUUUCUAUGUGUAAAUUCUGUGAUCACGCAUUCACCGAUAGCACAGAAUGCUUAAACCAUGAAAUAAAUACACACAACAGUGAAACUCCUUAUAGUUGUGGCACUUGUUACAUGAGCUUUGCAGAUCGACUGCUGUUUUCAGCUCACUUGAAAAGUGUCCACAAAAAUGACAAACCCUACAACUGCCCCCAAUGUGAUAGAACGUUUGCUAGAAGGUCGGACCUAAGAAAGCAUACAAUUGUUCAUACUGGAGUCAAACCGUAUACCUGUAAUAUCUGCUACAAGUCGUUCUCUCGAAAUACGAAUUUAUCCAAGCACAUGAGAAUACAUUCAGGAACAAAGCCUUUCGUUUGCCCGAAAUGUCCCAAAACGUUCACCUCUAAAGGUGAUCUUACCAGGCAUGCCAUUAUACAUUCCGGACAGAAACCGUUUAGCUGCAAUUACUGUCAUUUAAGUUUUGGUAGAAGGGAUAAACUUUUAAGGCACGAAAAGAGGCAUUUCCCACAAGAGAACGCUGAAGAUAAGUCGCAAGAGCUGCAAAUGAUGAGGGAGAACCUCUCGAUUUACUCGACCCAAAACAAUGAACACAAUGAUGAAGAGAAACAAGAAGGAUCAGAAAACAUGGUUAUUACUCUGGACCCAUUCAAUCACAACAAUUUUAGUACCGGGGCCACCCCGCAGAGGGAAAACAACUCUGAAACGGAACAUCAAAAUAAUGAGAACGAAACAGUACUCUCCGACCACAUAAAACUGGAAGACUUAGAUGCGGACCCUAAACUAUAUCAACAAGUACCUGAACACAUUACCGGCGAGAGCUUCAGAGGUGACUUACAAGAGUCAGUACCCACCGCAGAGCUCAAACCUUACAAAUGCCCACAGUGCCCCAAACGAUUUUCCAAAAUUGAAAAUUUACACGUUCACGAAAAUAACCAUUCGGGCAUUCGACCAUUCAGUUGUCACAUCUGUAACAAAACUUUCAUAAGGAAGAGGGAAUUAGACAGGCACAUAGCCACCCAUUCCGGUAUGAAACCGUUCAAGUGUCCUCGGUGUAAUAAGGGAUUCGGAAGGAAAGACAAACUCAUCCGACACAUGCGAAUACACGACUUAAAUAAAAACUUCAACUGCACCCUGUGCGGGUCAACAUUCAAUCGAAGAGACAGUCUGCAGCAGCAUAUGAAGACACAUGCAGCCCACGCGGUUAAGGAGGAAGAAGUCGAGAAUAAUUCUUUUACGUAGUACCGACAUAAGUUAUUUUGUUAGAUUUUUACUUUUCCGUUUACUAUAAACCUGUGUGAUGCCUUAUGUAAAUAAACACACUAUCAUGAUAAUGUAGAUUGUACAGAUAUUUUUUCUUUUCAUUUUUGCGAAUUUGUCACAGUACAUACAUUUGAAACUAAUGCUAUAUUUAAAAAGUACAGAGAAAUUCCAAAUUUGAAAAGUUGUACAAAUAUAUUUUAAAACGAUGCAAUUAAAAAGAAUAUCUGUAGCACUUUAAAU